CCGAUACCAUCCAUACAGAUACAAGAGAACCAUAUAAUAAAUUCCCCUUUCUAUUAUUAUCUUUCCUUACCCAGUAACCCAUUUGUCAAAAUGUCUGACUGAGAAAUGGUAUUAUCCACCGUUGAUUGAGCUUACAAGUCAGCUGCUGCCUGCGGGUAUCCCAUAGAACGGUUGAAGCCUUGGAGGGUAUGAUCAGAUGGGGGGACAAGCGCAGGCGCAAGCCAUUUGAAGCCUUUCUCCACGGAUUUUGAGGAGUCAUCAAAGAAUACUGCCAGUGACAACGACUCGGUAAGAAUAUGAAUAAUGAAUUUGGAUUUUGGACGGAUUGAUCAUCGAUCGACCGAUGAGAAGAGGAUAAAGGUAAGGUUUUGGUUUUGAGUAAUGAAAGAGAAGCUUGAAGUGCACAAAAUUUGUGAGAGCCACGUCCCACAGCCCACAAGCACAAGGAUAAGGAUAAACAAACAAGUUUCAGUUUCCACACAUCUUUAGAUCUUCACGUCAGCGUCACUUCUCGCUUUUAUUUGUGUUCUUCCUAUAAAAUUAAACAAAGGGAAGCAGUUUUCCUUGGUACCUCUGGAAACCCUCUGUCUACUGAGUUAUUGGUUCUUUGCCAGCCCACCAUGAUGCAGCCAAGUGCAGAAGCUAACCAACGUAUUGCAAGGAUCUCUGCUCAUCUACGCCCCUCAAAUCUUCAGAUGGAGGAGACUUCCAUUUUGAGGCGCGCGAAUUGCCGAGCUAAAGGUGGUGCGCCCGGAUUCAAAGUCGCAAUCUUGGGUGCAGCUGGAGGUAUCGGCCAGCCGCUUGCGUUGCUGAUGAAGAUGAAUCCACUGGUUUCAGUUCUACAUCUCUAUGAUGUUGUCAAUUCUCCCGGUGUCACGGCAGAUAUCAGUCACAUGGACACUGGUGCUGUGGUACGUGGUUUUCUGGGCCAGCAGCAACUGGAGAAUGCUCUUAUUGGCAUGGACAUUGUAAUAAUUCCUGCUGGUAUUCCCAGGAAGCCAGGGAUGACUCGGGAUGACCUUUUCAAAAUCAACGCUGGAAUUGUCAAGACCCUCUGUGAAGGGAUAGCUAAGUGCUGCCCUCGGGCCAUUGUCAACUUGAUCAGUAAUCCUGUCAACUCUACCAUUCCGAUUGCAGCAGAGGUGUUUAAGAGUGCUGGUACAUAUGAUCCUAAGCGACUUCUGGGAGUCACAACGCUUGAUGUUGUGAGAGCCAAUACUUUUGUGGCAGAAGUUCUAGGAAUUAAUCCCAGGGAUGUUGAUGUUCCAGUUGUUGGGGGCCAUGCUGGAGUUACAAUUUUACCCCUUCUGUCACAGGUUAAACCUCCAUGCUCGUUCACCCAAGAGGAAAUUUAUUGCUUAACAGACCGGAUUCAGAAUGGUGGGACAGAAGUUGUUGAGGCAAAAGCUGGGACUGGCUCUGCAACAUUGUCAAUGGCAUAUGCUGCUGCUAAGUUUGCAGAUGCAUGCCUACGUGGCUUGAGAGGAGACGCAGACGUUGUGGAAUGCUCUUUUGUGGCUUCCCAGGUGACAGAACUACCUUUCUUUGCAUCCAAGGUACGACUUGGUCGUACUGGAGCUGAGGAGAUCUUCCCUCUCGGGCCCGUGAAUGAAUACGAGAGGGCUGGUUUGGAGAAGGCAAAGAAAGAGUUGCUAGGAAGCAUUGAAAAGGGGAUUUCUUUUGUUAGGAAAUAGAUCAAUUACCAAAUAGUAUUGUUGUCUUGGAAAUUCUCUCACCUCUGAUAGGAUAAGUAUGCAAGUCCUGUAAGUUUUUCAACUGCCUUUUGUAAACCACAAUUCCCUAUAAAUAAGCUUUCUCCUGAUCCCAAAUCAAAA